GGUGAAGCCUUUUGUUGAGACAAUUUUCUGUAGUUUAUGAACCAAAAUAAUACAUACACUGAAUGUUACAGAAGCGUUGAAAGACUGCUCUGUCAUGAGUACUGACAGUAACUCAUUGGCACGUGAAUUUCUGGUCGAUGUCAACCAGCUUUGCAAUGCAGUGGUCCAGAGGGCGGAGGCCCGGGAAGAAGAAGAGGAGGAGACACACAUGGCAACCCUUGGACAGUACCUUGUCCAUGGGCGAGGGUUUCUGUUACUUACCAAGCUAAACUCUAUCAUUGACCAGGCCCUGACAUGCAGAGAAGAACUCUUGACUCUUCUUCUGUCGCUCCUUCCCUUGGUGUGGAAGAUACCUGUCCAGGAACAGCAGGCAACCGAUUUUAACUUGCCAUUGUCAUCUGAUAUAAUCCUGACCAAAGAAAAGAACUCAACUUUGCAAAAGUCAACUCAGGGAAAAUUAUAUUUAGAAGGAAGUGCUCCACCUGGUCCGAUUUCUGCAAAAGUAAACCUUUUACGAAAAAGCAGACGACAGCGUAAAAGUACCCAUCGCUAUUCUGUAAGAGAUGCAAGAAAGACACAGCUCUCCACCUCUGACUCCGAAGGCAACUCGGAUGAGAAAAGUCCAGUUGUGAGUAAGCACAGGAGGUCCCAUGUGCUGCCCCGGCUCCUGAUGCAGUCUCCUAAGGAAGAUCACCUCAUAGCCAAACUUGACCCCUCUGCAACCAAAGAACAGGUCCUUUCUAACACCAUGGCUUUGGGAAACUCCAGAGAAGUCAUUCCGAGACAGGAUUCAAAUGGUGACGUGUUAAGUGAGCCAGCUGCCUUGUCUAUUCUCAGUAACAUGAGUAACUCUCCCUUUGACUUGUGUCACGUUCUGUUGUCGCUGUUGGAGAAGGUCUGUAAGUUUGACAUUGCUGUGAAUCACAAUUCUUCCCUAGCAGCCAGUGUAGUCCCCACACUGACGGAGUUCCUAGCAGGCUUUGGGGACUGCUGUAACCAGGGCGACACUUUGGAGAGACAGGUGGUUUCCGCAGGUUGGACUGAAGAGCCGGUGGCUUUGGUUCAACGGAUGCUCUUUCGAACUGUGCUGCAUCUUAUGUCAGUAGAUGUCAGCACAGCAGAGGCAAUGCCAGAAAGUCUUAGAAAAAAUUUGACUGAAUUGCUUAGGGCAGCUUUAAAAAUUAGAGCUUGCUUGGAAAGGCAGCCUGACCCUUUCUCACCAAGACAAAAGAAAACACUACAGGAGGUGCAGGAGGGCUUCGAGUUUUCCAAGUAUCGUCAUAGAGCCCUUCUUCUACCUGAGCUUCUGGAAGGAGUUCUACAGCUCCUUAUCUCCUGUCUUCAGAGUGCAGCUUCAAAUCCCUUUUACUUCAGUCAAGCCAUGGAUUUAGUGCAAGAAUUUAUUCAGCACCAAGGAUUUAAUCUGUUUGAAACAGCAGUUCUUCAGAUGGAAUGGCUGCUUUCGAGGGAUGGUGUUCCUUCAGAGGCUGCAGAACACUUGAAAACCCUGAUAAACAGUGUGAUGAAAAUAAUGAGUACUGUCAAAAAAGUGAAGUCAGAGCAACUUCAUCACUCCAUGUGCACGAGGAAAAGGCACCGGCGUUGUGAGUAUUCCCAUUUCAUGCAGCACCACCGUGAUCUCUCAGGUCUCCUGGUUUCAGCUUUUAAGAACCAGCUUUCUAAAAGUCCCUUUGAAGAGACUGCAGAGGGAGAUGUGCAGUAUCCCGAGCGGUGCUGCUGCAUCGCAGUGUGCGCUCACCAGUGCUUGCGCUUGCUGCAGCAGGCUUCCCUGAGCACCACCUGUGUCCAGAUCCUAUCAGGGGUACACAGUGUUGGAAUCUGUUGUUGUAUGGAUCCUAAGUCUGUGAUUAUCCCUUUACUCCAUGCUUUUAAAUUGCCAGCAUUGAAGAAUUUUCAGCAGCACAUACUGAAUGUCCUUAACAAACUUCUUUUGGAUCAGUUAGGAGGAGCAGAGAUUUCACAGAGAAUUAAAAAAGCAGCUUGCAACAUCUGUACUGUGGAUUCUGACCAGCUGGCUCAGUUAGAGGAGACACUGCAAGGCACCUUAUGUGGUGCUGGCCCUUCCUCUGGCUUGCCCAGUCCUUCUUACAGAUUUCAAGGGAUCCUGCCCAGCAGUGGGUCUGAAGACUUACUGUGGAAAUGGGAUGCACUGGAAGCUUACCAGAACUUUGUCUUUCAAGAAGACAGAUUGCAUAACAUCCAUAUUGCAAAUCACAUUUGCAAUUUAAUCCAGAAAGGCAAUAUAGUUGUUCAGUGGAAAUUGUAUAAUUAUAUUUUUAAUCCUGUGCUCCAAAGAGGAGUUGAAUUAGUACAUCAUUGUCAACAGCUCAGCAUUACUUCAGCUCAGACUCAUAUGUGUAGCCAACUGAAACAGUGUUUGCCUCAGGAAGUGCUUCAGAUUUAUCUAAAAACUCUGCCUAUUCUACUUAAAUCCAGGGUAAUAAGAGAUUUGUUUUUAAGUUGUAAUGGAGUAAACCAAAUAAUUGAAUUAAAUUACUUAGAUGGCGUUCGAAGUCAUUCCCUCAAAGCAUUUGAAACUCUGAUUAUCAGCCUAGGGGAACAACAGAAAGAUGCUUCAGUUCCAGGUGUCAAUGGGUUAGAUGUUGAACAGGAGUUGCCAUCCUUAAGUGUGAGUCCUUCUCUCCAUAAGCAACAAGCUUCUUCAGAUUCUCCUCGGAGCCUCAGUAAGUUUUAUGCCAGUCUCAGAGAAGCUUAUCCAAAGAAACGGAAGACCAUUCACCAGGAUGUUCACAUCAACACCAUAAACCUCUUUCUCUGUGUGGCUUUUUUAUGUGUCAGUAAAGAAGCAGAUUCUGAUCGGGACUCUGCCAAUGAGUCAGAAGAUACUUCUGGCUAUGACAGUACUGCCAGUGAGCCAUUAAGUCACAUGCUGCCGUGUCUGUCUCUUGAGAACGUCGUCUUACCUCCCCCUGAAUGUCUGCACCAAGCAGCAGACAUUUGGUCCAUGUGUCGUUGGAUCUACAUGUUGAGUUCAGUCUUCCAGAAACAGUUUCACAGGCUUGGUGGGUUCCGAGUAUGCCAUGAAUUAAUAUUUAUGAUAAUCCAGAAACUAUUCAGAAGUCCUGAAGAGGGGCAAGGAAGAGGGCAGGGAGAAAUGAGUGUAAGUGAAAACCAGGAGUUAAUCAGAAUGUCUCAACCUGAGAUGACGUUGAAGGGAGAUGUGUCGUCUUCAACAGCACCAGAACUGGGACAUCUGAAAAAGAGUGGUGGCAGCUUGGAUGAGUUAGAGUCACAGCCUAUGUUUCCCACAAGUGUAGAGCCGACUUUGGCUACCGAAGCUGUUCCUGGGGAAGCAAAGGCAUUUACGAGUCAAGAAAGUGAGACCUCUCUCCAGAGUAUUCGACUUUUAGAGUCCCUCCUGGCCAUUUGUCUUCAUAGCUCCAGAGCCAGUCAACAGAAGAUGGAUUUGGAGCUACCUCCUCAGAGCUUGUCUGUGGAAAAUAUAUUAUGUGAAAUGAGGGAAUACCUUUCCCAGUCCAAGGUGACGGAAACAGAAUUAGCAAAGCCUUUAUUUGAUGCCCUGCUUCGAGUAGCCCUGGGGAAUCAUUCCACAGAUCUGGAUCCUGGUGAUACUGUGACUGAGAAGAGUCAUCAGUCUGAGGAAGAACUGUUGUCCCAGCCUGGAGAUUUUUCUGAAGAAACUGAGGAUUCUCAAUGUUGUAGUCUGAAACUUCUGGGCGAGGAAGAAGGUUAUGAAGCGGAUAGUGAAAGUAAUCCUGAGGAUGGCGACGCCCAAGAUGAUGGAGUAGAACUAAAACCUGAAGCAGAAGGUUUCAGUGCAUCGAUUAUUCCAAACAACCUACUUGAAAACCUCACUCACGGAGAGAUAAUAUACCCUGAGAUCUGUAUGCUGGAAUUAAAUUUGCUUUCUACUAGCAAAGCUAAACUUGAUGUGCUUGCUCAUGUGUUUGAGAGCUUUCUGAAAAUUGCCAGGCAGAAGGAAAAGAACAUUUCUCUGCUCAUGCAACAGGGAACUGUAAAAAUCCUUCUAGGAGGGUUCUUGAAUAUUUUAACACAAACUAAUUCUGAUUUUCAAGCAUGCCAGAGAGUAUUGGUGGAUCUUUUGGUGUCUUUGAUGAGUUCAAGAACGUGUUCAGAAGAGCUAACCCUUCUUUUGAGAAUAUUUCUGGAAAAGUCUCCUUGUACAGAAAUUCUUCUCCUUGGUAUUCAGAAAAUUGUUGAGAGUGAUUUUACUCUGAGCCCUUCACAGUAUCUAACUUUCCCUUUGCUGCACACCCCAAGUUUAAGCAAUGGUGUCUCACCGCAAAAGUCUCCCGGGAUUCUUAACAGUAAAGCCUUAGGCUUAUUGAGAAGGGCGCGGAUCUCCCGAGGGAAGAAGGAGGCUGACAGAGAGAGUUUUCCCUCUGGGCUGCUUUCCUCUUGGCACAUAGCCCCAAUCCACCUGCCAUUGCUGGGGCAGAACUGCUGGCCACACCUGUCAGAAGGAUUUAGUGUCUCUCUGUGGUUUAAUGUGGAGUAUAUCCAUGAAUCUGAGAGUGCUGCAGAAAGAGGAAAGAAGGUAAAGAAAAGAAACCAGCCAUCCGUUCUACAGGACGGCAGUUUGGAAGCAGCAGAAGGUGAUAGACCAGAAGGUACAGAAUCCAUCAAUCCUGGUGACAGACUCAUAGAAGAUGGCUGUAUUCAUUUGAUUUCAUUGGGAUCCAAAGCAUUGAUGAUCCAAGUGUGGGCUGAUCCCCACAGUGGCACUUUUAUCUUUCGUGUGUGCAUGGACUCAAAUGAUGACAUGAAAGCUGUUUCACUAGCACAAGUUGAAUCACAGGAGAAUAUUUUCUUUCCAAGCAAAUGGCAGCACUUGGUACUUACCUAUCUUCAGCAUCCUCAAGGGAAAAAGAAUGUCCAUGGGGAAAUUUCCAUAUGGGUCUCUGGACAGAGGAAGACUGAUGUCACCUUGGAUUUUGUGCUUCCAAGAAAAACAAGCUUAUCAUCAGACAGCAAUAAAACAUUUUGUAUGAUUGGUCAUUGCUUAACUUCCCAAGAUGAGUUUCUGCAAUUAGCUGGAAAAUGGGACCUUGGAAACUUGCUCCUCUUCAAUGGAGCUAAAAUUGGCUCACAAGAGGCCUUUUACCUGUAUGCUUGUGGACCCAACUACACAUCCAUAAUGCCAUGUAAAUAUGGCAAGCCAGUGGUUGACUACUCCAAAUACAUUAAUAAAGAAAUUUUGAGAUGUGACCAAAUUAGAGACCUUUUUAUGACCAAGAAAGAUGUGGAUGUUGGUCUCUUAAUUGAAAGUCUGUCAGUUGUUUAUACAACUUACUGUCCUGCUCAGUAUACCAUCUAUGAGCCUGUGAUCCGACUCAAGGGCCAAGUGAAAACUCAGCUCUCUCAAAGACCCUUCAGCUCAAAGGAAGUCCAAAGCAUCUUGCUAGAACCUUCUCAACUCAAAAGCCUCCGGCCUACAGAAUGUAAAACCAUCCAGAGCAUUCUGCAUGAGAUUGGUGGGGCUGGUGUAUUUGUUUUUCUCUUUGCUAGGGUUGUUGAACUCAGUGGCUAUGAAGAAACUCAAGCAUUAGCACUGCGGGUUAUAUUGUCUUUGAUUAAGUAUAGCCAACAGAGAGCACAUGAAUUGGAAAAUUGUAAUGGACUUUCUAUGAUUCAUCAAGUGUUGGUCAAACAGAAAUGCAUUGUUGGCUUUCACAUUUUGAAGACCCUUCUUGAAGGUUGCUGUGGUGAAGACAUUAUCUACAUCAAUGAGCAUGGAGAGUUCAAAUUGGAUGUUGAGUCUCAUGCUAUAAUCCAAGAUGUUAACCUGUUGCAGGAACUGUUGCUUGACUGGAAGAUAUGGAAUAAGGCAGAGCAAGGUGUGUGGGAGACUCUGCUAGCAGCCCUGGAAGUCCUCAUCCGGGCAGAGCACCAGCAGCAGCAGUUUAAUAUUAAGCAGCUGCUGAACGCCCACAUCGUCCAUCACUUCCUACUGACUUGUCAGGUUUUACAGGAACACAGAGAGGGGCAGCUUACAUCCAUGCCCCGAGAGGUUUGUAGAUCGUUUGUGAAAAUCAUUGCGGAAGUCCUUGGAUCUCCUCCAGAUUUGGAAUUAUUGACAAUUAUUUUCAAUUUCCUGUUGGCAGUGCAUCCUCCUACUAACACUUAUGUUUGUCACAACCCCACAAACUUUUACUUCUCUUUGCACAUUGAUGGCAAGAUCUUUCAGGAGAAAGUACAGUCAAUCAUGUAUCUGCGGCAUUCUAGCAGUGGAGGGCAAUCGUUUCCCAGCCCUGGAUUUCUGGUGAUAAGUCCAUCUGCCUUUACUGCGUCACUUUCUGAAGGAACCAGUUCUUCCAAUAUUAUUCCACAGCGGAUGGCUGCUCAGAUGGUUCGAUCUAGAAGUCUACCAGCAUUUCCUACCUAUUCACCACUAAUGCAAGCACAAAAACUGGCUGGAAGUUUGGGCUUUAGUAUUGACAAGUUUCUAAGUGUUGCAGAUGCCCACCCAGGGAAGCGGAAUCCCUUAGGAAGUCCCUACACGCUGAAAACAAGCAAAGAGGAAGCAUUCAUCAGUAGCUGUGAGUCUGCGAAAACAGUUUGUGAAAUGGAGGCACUUCUUGCAGCCCAGGCCUCUGCUAAUGGGGUCUCUAGAGGAACACUUGGGUUUCCUAUGGCCAGAGUAGCUCACAGAGACUUGGGAACUGAGUCCAGAUCAGACGAUGACAGUCCUGGGGAUGAGUCCUAUCCACAUCGACCUGAUAAUCUCAAGGGAUUGGCCUCAUUCCAGCGAAGCCACAGCACUAUUGCAAGCCUCGGGCUUGCAUUUCCCUCUCAGAAUGGAUCUGCCACUGCUAGCAGGUGGCCAAGUCUUGUUGAUAGGAAUGCUGAUGAUUGGGAAAACUUUGCCUUUUCUCCUGCUUAUGAGGCAAACUACAACCGAGCUGCAAGUGCUCACAGUGUCACUGAAGACUGUUUGAUACCUAUCUGCUGUGGGUUAUAUGACCUCUUAAGUGGAGUUCUUCUUAUCCUGCCUGAUGCUAUGCUUGAAAAUGUGAUGGACAGGAUCAUUCAAGCAGAUACUCUUCUAGUCCUCGUUAACCACCCAUCACCUGCUAUCCAGCAAGGAGUAAUUAAACUGUUACAUGCGUAUAUUAACCGAGCAUCCAAAGAACAAAAGGACAAGUUUCUAAAGAACCGUGGCUUUUCCUUACUAGCCAACCAGUUGUAUCUUCAUCGGGGAACUCAGGAAUUGUUGGAGUGCUUCACUGAAAUGUUCUUUGGUCGACGCAUUGGCCUGGAUGAAGAAUUUGAUCUGGAGGAGGUGAAACACAUGGAACUUUUCCAGAAGUGGUCUGUCAUUCCAGUACUGGGACUAAUAGAGACCUCUCUCUAUGACAAUGUGCUCUUGCAUAAUGCUCUCUUACUUCUCCUUCAAGUUUUAAACUCUUGUUCUAAGGUAGCAGACAUGUUGUUGGACAAUGGUCUUCUCUAUGUGUUGUGUAAUACAGUAGCAGCCCUGAAUGGAUUGGAAAAGAACAUUCCUUUGAACGAAUACAAGUUGCUUGCAUGUGAUAUACAGCAACUUUUCAUAGCAGUUACAAUCCAUGCUUGCAGUUCCUCGGGCUCACAGUAUUUUAGAGUUAUUGAAGACCUUAUUGUACUUCUUGGAUAUCUUCAGAAUAGCAAAAACAAGAGGACACAAAAUAUGGCUUUGGCCCUGCAGCUUAGAGUUCUCCAGGCUGCUUUGGAAUUUAUAAGGAGCACAGCCAAUCAUGACUCCGAAAAUCCAACAGAUACAGUCCAGUCGCCUUCUGCUCACCACCAUACAGUAUCUCAGAAGCGGAGAAGUAUUGCUGGCUGCACAGGUGCUUUCCCACACGAACACUAUGCUCUGGGAUUUGUGGGCAAACAGCAAGGUACACCAUGUGUCAUCCUCAGGAGUGAAGGGACAGGAUGGCCUUCCAGGAAAGCCCAUAAUUACAGCGACCUCUGGAGCAAGAGAGCAAGACGGCUGGAGGUGGAUCUUUUGGAAACGCAGCCCGCGCACACAUUUGGUCAUCGUAUCUUAGGCUUCUUCAACUUGUGGGAACUUUGCAAGUCACCCGGUUGCCGCUACUCUCAUUCUAGUCCUUCCGACAGCUCUCCUCGUGAGGAGCGCGCGGAUGUCCAGGACCAGGGUGGCAGCAGACUCCAGGUCCGGGGUUCUCCUCCGCCCUCACUUUCCAUAGCGAGGCCCGGGGCUUCCCUGCCUUCUCACCGGGCGUUGCUAAUUGGAGGCCAGCCGGGUACUCCCCGCCGCCCUCCUUAA